AUGUCGUGUUGUUCACUGCAUUCUGCUGUACCGAAUGUUAGUGACGAUUUCAUAGAAGCUCCAGUCUUCUUCUAUGACAUGGACUACGAUCUCAAAGAUUUGAAUACUGCUUUAAAGGGGGCUGAGUUCCUGCAAGAUUCCGGAUAUCAAUCAGUUUUGGAACGAUCGGCGCAUCCAUUCUCGUCCAGUAUUGUCGAUGAUAUUCUCAGUGAAGGUAGCGAUCCGGCCAACGAUGAAGAUUGGGGUGUGUUGUUUGGAUCAGUUCUUGAGGUUUCAUUUUUAUUUUCACAUGAACUUGGUCACUGUGGAAAGAAGUGCAUUAAAGGCACAUAA